UUUCUGAGCGUUAUUUCAUUUUCAAGGCUAAUGGACAUUGUUGAUUGGUGAUGAAGGUGUGAGGAAGUAAAGUUAUGGCUUAGGUUUCUCUUCGAAGCUGUUACACACAAACUAUAAUACAAUCUUUCGAAGCUACUACUCAUGGCCAUGGCCUUUCAGAUUAUAGCUUCUUCUUCAUCACCAACGAUUACAAAAUCUCACCUUUUCUCUUACCAUCAUCAUCCUCCUCUGCAAUCUUGUUAUAAAGCUUCGAAAUCUAAUCUCUCAUCAUGUUUUUCUCUAUUGGGUUCUUCUCGUUUCUCACCUUACAUUGGUUUAAAGCAUAUGGGCAUCUCAGUCUCCACUAAAUCUUCAAACCCAGAGAAGAAGAGAAGAUGUAAUAAGAGUAUGGUGAUUCGUGCGUCCCUGUUUGGUGUUGGAGCACCUGAGGCUUUAGUUAUUGGUGUUGUUGCUUUGUUAGUCUUUGGUCCUAAAGGCCUUGCUGAGGUAGCUCGGAAUCUUGGAAAAACCCUGCGUACAUUUCAGCCAACCAUUAGAGAGCUACAGGAUGUUUCAAGAGAUUUCAAAAGUACCCUUGAGCGUGAAAUUGGUCUCGAUGAAAUGUCAACGCCAAACGUGUACAACCAAAACAGAAUGAAUACUGCUCAACCUCCUCCUCCUCCUCCUCCUCCUCCUCCAACAUCAGUUCCUCGAAGUGAAGAUCCUGUGACUGCAACUGACCCCAAUGAUGUUCAAUCACCAAAAGCUUACACAACCGAGGAAUACCUCAAGAUCACUGAAGAGCAACUAAAAGCUUUGUCAACCGGUGAAGGCCAAACAGAGGACCAAUCUCUGACUCAAGAACCGCUACAACAACCCGCAACUGUACAAACACCAACUGGAGAAAGCCAGCCCAAUGUUACAGCGAGAGAAACAACAGCUGCAUCUCCUCCAAGGCAAGAUUGAAAGCACCAGAGUUUGACUUGUAGUGUUAAAAGCAUAAGCCUCUCUCAAUACAUAUUGGGAAGCUUCGGAGGGAAUUUUUUUGAUCUGCCAAAAGAGAAGAAGCUCUGGACAUUCUCACAAAGCUUGUAUGUGCAUCUUGAUGGAUUGAAAAUAUCAGAAUCUGUCUCAGUUGUGUAGUAUUUAUGUUCCUAUUAGUUUCUAUUCAUAAUGACAAUUGAGUUCAUUAGGUAAAUCAUAAUGAACUGACUAAAUUA